AUGUCACGGCUACCCUUCCCCGACGUCUCGGGCCUGCACAGCGUGAAGGUCGAUGGCGUCACCGUCCCACAGGAGGAGGUCGUAAGGGUGAAGGACGAGAUCCACCAGAAGUUUGGCAAGUACGGUGAGAUCGGCGACGUGUACAUUCCGCGCGACCGAAACUUCGCCUUCGUCCGAUUCCGAGAGAAGCGCGACGCCCAGGACGCCGUGGACGGCAUGGAUCGCAAGGAGAUCAACGGACAGGAGAUCUCCUGCUCGAUGGCCAUGCAAGCCAAGAAGCCGCCCGACGACUACCCCGACCAGGGCCGGGGGGGAGCCUUGCAGGUGGCCCCUUGCACGGGGACUUGA